AUGCAGGCCCUGGGCGAAAUAGCAAGUUAUCUGCCAAUUCAAGGAGCGUUCACGUCCUACGCAGCUCGAUUGAUCGACCCCAGUCUUGGUUUCGCCAUGGGAUGGAUCUAUUGGUUUUCCUGGGCCAGCACCUUUGCACUAGAGUUGACUGCGACGGGCUUGAUCAUACAGUUUUGGGACAAGGAUAUCAACAUCGCCAUUUUCAUCGCAGUGUUCUGGGUGGUUAUUACUUGUUUCAACUUCCUACCUGUUAGCUUUUACGGUGAGCUGGAAUUCUGGUUUGCUAGUAUCAAGGUGAUCACGGUUAUUGGAUUCAUGAUCUUUGCAAUUUGUAUUGAUGCAGGGGUCGGUGAUAAAGGAUAUCUGGGAUUCACCUAUUGGACUAAUCCAGGUCCAUUCGCACCUUACGCCGAUAUUUCUCCAGACUCAACAGCCAAAUUCGUGAGCUUUUGGGCUGUGCUUAUUCAGGCGGGUUUCUCAUACCAGGGCACGGAAUUGGUUGGUAUUGCAGCAGGCGAAACUGAAAAUCCCCGCAAGACCAUUCCUUCUGCGAUCCGCAAGACUUUCUACCGCAUUCUGUUCUUCUUUGUAUUGACCAUCUUCUUCAUCGGCCUGUUGGUGCCCUACACCAACGAAGACCUGGUUAAGGAUGGAAACGAUGCAAACUCUUCACCGUUCGUCAUUGCGGCCAGACUUGCGGGCGUCAAGGUCCUGCCUCAUAUCAUCAAUGCCGUCCUGUUAACUGUUGUGCUUUCCGCCGCCAACUCCAAUGUCUACAGUGGUAGCCGUAUCCUAAUCGGCCUGGCUCAAGAAGGGCUUGCCCCGCGCUGGUUCAAGAAAACGUCGAAAAAGGGAGUGCCCUACUACGGCGUCAUGUUCACUGCAGCGUUCGGCUUGCUCGGUUUUAUGAAUGUGUCUAAUGCUGGUAGUACGGUGUUCAACUGGCUCCUCAACAUCGCGGGUGUGGCAGGCUUCAUCACUUGGUGUUCCCUAAAUGCCUGCCACCUUGCGUUCAUGCGAGCUCUGAAAGCUCGCAAUAUGUCUCGUGACCUUCUUCCCUUUAAAGCGAUGUGGCAGCCCUGGUAUUCCUGGUAUGGGCUUUUCUUCAACACAUUGAUUAUUUUGACUCAAGGUUUCACUGCUUGGAUCCCAAGUUUCAGUGUAACGGAUUUCUUUAUCGCCUAUAUCAGCUUGAUUCUCUUCGUGGUACUCUAUCUGGGACAUAAAAUCUUUUAUCGCACGUCGUUUGUUCCCCCACUCGAGGCCGAUAUCGACACGGGUAGGGUUGCUCUUGAAAACGAGUCAUGGGAAACCACCACGACGAAGUGGUAUCAAAGGAUCUUCCGCUCGUUUCGAGGUUAA